AUGGAAUAUCAAAAUACCCCAGAAAACCUUCGUCGUUGUUUACUUGCAAAACAAUGGGAAGAGACUAGACGUACCAUGGCAUAUUUUAAAAUUCGUGCAAUGGCAGAUGCAGCAGAAAGGAAAGCCGUGAUCAAUAUUGGAGAUGAGAAUAGUAAUCAAAGGCAGGGGCCUAUCGCUGGGCACCUGAUGAGACUUCUAAAUGAUGAGUCUAAUAAAUAUUUGGAAAAAUAUGCUAUCCAAUGUCCAUCGUAUCAAAGGCUUUUACGUGAGAGAAGCCUUUUGACAGGACAAAAUUGGAUAGCAUUCAAAUCCAAAUUAAUUCAAGAAUAUCGCACAAUCGUUAAUUUGGAAGAAAAUAAGAAAGGCAAUCAUUUACAAAUACCGAGCGAUUUUGAUAAUUUUGAACAAAAUAAGCAAUUCUCUGAGAAUCUUUCAAGCUUAACAAGUCCCUUGACUCCAAAUUUGUAUGAAGGAUCGGAAAAGUUUAAGCAAUGCAUGAUUAAUUCAACCGAUGUAAUGCAUCCAUGGAAUACUGGACAACACGAUUUAUCAACAUCAUAUGGCAUAUCAAAUACCUUACAAGCCUCAAGUUCAUCCUUGAAAGCUUAUUACAUAUACAAAAAUUCCGAUAAUUCUAUGCAAUUAAUUCCUUCAUGGAAUGAAGAAAAUGCGUCAAGGCAACAAGAAGUUUCACAAUUCCAAACAACGAGUUUACCAUGGAAUGAAUUUUCACCAAAUAAUAUUGAUUUGUUAAGCAGACAAAUUAUUAUUAUUGAUAAGGUUUGGACUUUAGCAACGAACGUGACAACAACAUUGACGUCAUAUCAACAAACUACUUUUGCUCCCAAUAUUCAUGGAAAUCCACCUCCUUUUCAAUAUUUCAAUCCUAAUUUUCCCUAUUAUAUCGGUAACAAUUCCAGAGAUUUAGAAAAAAAAACAUCAGUUAUGAACUUAUUGAGAUAUCUAAGAUGGUGUCCAUCAUUUCUCAAUCCACCGGUACAAGAAUAUUUACGGGACGAAAAUUAUGUUUAUAAAAUUUUAAUUCCAAAACUUUACGAUGAAGCAUUUUUAUAUUAUCAAAAUCCAAUUUCAACUGUUAAAGGAGCAUUGAUGAGAGGUUUCGAAAAUUCUUAUACAUUUAGAUGCUAUAAGUGUAGGGUUUGGAUAGGUUUUUACGCAAAUUAUUCUUAUAUCAAUAUUAAAAAGCAUUUGGCGGGUUUUCAUAAUAUUGAUAAUAAUAUUGAUAAUUUUAUUGAAGUCAAUUUAGAAUCUUUUCCUUCAGAUUUCGAAAAUCCUUUAGAUGUUCAAUCAUGGAUCAAAAUUUCCAAACAGUAA